GUCGAACUCUCCGUAACUGCCGGUUCAAUCAGGCACAGCCGAUGCAUAACAGUGUUGAGCUUUAGCUACUAGAUAUUUAAACUCUUCUAUUGAUCUAGAUAGAGUCAUCAGCGUUGGUUAGCAACAUGUGGUCACUAUCGCAUGGUGUGCUGCGCAUCGUACGCGCCGGCCGCUACAACCGUCUAAGGCCUGCUUGUGCACUACAAUGGAAUAAGCGUACAUUAUCUACACAAAGAGCACCUCUUCGUGUUUGCGUGGUGGGAAGUGGCCCCGGUGGCUUCUACACAGCACAACGUCUGGCCAAAGUGAUUGAAGAUGUGGAGAUCGAUAUCUUCGAGAGACUGCCGGUGCCCUACGGAUUGGUCAGGUUUGGCGUUGCCCCUGAUCACCCGGAAGUCAAGAAUGUCAUCCACCACUUUGACCGGCUGAUGACGGAGAACAAGAAGGUGCGCUUCUUGGGCAAUGUCAAUGUGGGCGUUGAUGUGACAAUGGGAGACCUAAGAAAACACUAUUCGGCCGUAGUCCUGGCAUAUGGAGCAGACGACGAUAAACAGUUUGGAAUUAAAGGCGAGGACGCACAAGGUGUGGUGUCCGCGCGAUCGUUCGUGGGAUGGUACAACGGGGCGCCAGAACAUGCACAACUUCAAGUCGAUCUCUCUAAGGUGGAGUCUGUUGUCAUCCUGGGGCAGGGCAAUGUGGCGCUGGAUUGCGCGCGACUCCUCCUCGCGCCCGUCAGCGAGCUUGCGAAAACAGACGUGUGCACACAUGCCGUUCGUGCGCUGGAAAAAUCGAGCAUUCGGAAAGUGCACAUUGUCGGUCGGCGUGGGCCAAUGCAGGCUGCGUUCACUAUUAAGGAGCUCCGAGAGAUGACAAAGCUUCCGGAUACAACGGUGUACAUGACAGAGAGGUGA